AUGUCCUGCAGGGCUGUGGAGCUGACAGCAUUCAAGGCGUCAGGGGGCGCCCCCUGCAGGGCAGCGCGCGGCGGGCCUGCCCCGGGGCCCCCAGACGCCCGCACCCCCGCACCCCCGCCCUUCCCCCCACCCCCGCAGGCGCGGCGCCGGUGGGAACAGGAGCGGCAGCGGCGCCUCUGCGCUCAAGUGACAGCGCCUUUGUCUCUGCUGAAUGGGUUUCUAGAGAGAGUGCGAGCGGACGGACCUUCCCCCAGGCUCUGCGUGGGGGCCUCUGAAAGGCCCCGCCGGGGACCCCUGCGGGACAGACAGCAGCCUCUGCCUCAGCCUUGCCCUGCUUCCAGUAGGACCCCUGCCCUGGUGCGGUGCCAACGCUGCUGCGCCCCCCAGCUCAGCCCCCGAACUUUGUCCAAGAUUGUCCCCCCCACACCCUGCCCGCCUGCCUGGAAGUUCUGACAGCCCCGUGGUAGCUCUCG